AUGGCCAAUUGGCAGGGAGGAUUACUUAAACUCCAGGAUUUCAGGAAUACAUGUGAAGAAUUCUUCAGGAGCAACAGCAGAAUAAAGGAGGCCUACAUUUAUAUGGAGCGAGUCAUCAUUCAUAAUAUCAUGAUAUUUAACCAUUUUGGUACUGGACGCUCCCAACUUUACAACCUGAAGGACGUGAGUCUGUCUGUGGUCAACAUAAACGAGGUCAACGGCACCUCACCAGCAACUGGUGAUAGGCUUCAGCUAGAUGGUCCCCAGCUGCUGCUGCAGAGCAGGUCAUCCAUCCCAAAGACAUGGCUGCCUGUGGAUGCCCUGCUCAACAUCACAGAGGAGGAGAGGGUCGUCGGUCUUGUCAGCUAUAUGUGGCCUGACCAAUUCAGAUUUGGACACGAGGAAUUCUCCUCCAUGGUUUUUAGGAUCGAGCUACUGAAAGAGGAACGCUUCAUUAACCUUACCACAUCACUGAGGAUGAUUUUCAAUGUUACAACUGACGCAAACAUGCCUAACAAUUCAAGUCAGUGCCACUUUUUUGAUGAGGAUGACUAUGGCUGGAAAACAGAUGGAUGUAAGACUAAUAGACAUAUCUAUCAAAACUAUACUGAGUUUGAGUGCAAUUGUGACCACAACACGCCCUUUUCCAUCCUAAUGAUAAGGCAACCUAUUUCAGAGUACCAUUGGAACAUUUUAUCGUACGUCAGUUAUAUUGGCUGUGGCCUUUCUGCAUUCUUCACAACCCUCUCCAUCAUGAUUUUUAUCUUCAGUCGAAAUUGCCAUGUGCACGACUCUACCUUUAUUCAUGCAUCCCUGAGCGGGGCCUUGUUUCUGCUCAACUCCCUCUUCAUGCUGAGCCAGUGGGGGGCCACAUUGAACUUGGAGUGGGUGUGUGUCCUCAUUGCAGCUGUCAUACACUACUCUCUGCUGUGCUGCUUUACUUGGAUGGCCUUAGAGGCCCUGCACCUCUACUUCUUGCUGAUCAAGGUGUUCAAUACCAACUAUAAACGUUAUCUUUUCAAGUUGUCUCUCCUUGGAUGGGGCAUCCCUGGUGUGACUGUGGGAGUCUCUCUGGGAGUCUCGCUGGGAGUUAAAGACAACAGACAGCUUUAUGGCACUGUCGAAAUGAAUAUGACUGACACAAAUCAAUCAAACAAAAUCUGCUGGAUAAUUGAUGACUCCUUCUGCUAUGGUGUGAACCUGGUG